AUGGUAAUCCAGCGAGCUUAUCGGGAAUAUCGAGCUCGAAACACCAGUCGUCGACAAGCGGAUGCUGAACGGCGAGCCGCAGUCACUAUUCAGAGUUGUUAUAGGAGAUAUAAACAGUUUUGCUACUUCAAAAAAUUACACAACGCUGCCAUUGUCGUUCAGAAGCAUUUUCGGUUGAAAAAGGUACCUCAAAACAGUUCCUCAUUAUUACGGGAGCAUCGAGCAGCAACGACUAUCCAACUGGCCUACCGUGGCCAUCGGAAACGUCAAGCAGCUGCGCGUAAAAUCCAGAAGUUUAUGAAGGAAAGCCGUAUGAAAUUGCGCAAGAUCCAGGAGCUAAACGACGGAGGUUUGGGUGCGGAGCUGGCGAUAACACCCCCGUCGUCGAAUCCGCCCCCAGCGGUCACCGUCACAGCAACUCACAUGAGCUCGGCUCAAAUUGGGAUUUCUUCGCUUAGCAAUUCGAUGAUGGAUGUGAACGGGUAUGUCCCUCUUCGAAUACCCGCUGUAGGAUAA